AUGAAUGGCAUCAUUCACAAUUGCUCCCACCCUAAUGAUUCGGAUGCGCACUAUCGUAUAUCAGAAGAAAACAUUUUCCUCGACAUAUUCAACUACAUUGAUCACCUAUUCACAAAAAUUAAACCGAAACAAAUGUUCUUUAUGGCAGUAGACGGAGUUGCACCUAGGGCUAAAAUGAAUCAACAACGUUGCAGACGAUUUAGAACCGCAAAAGAUGCAGCAAAUGCUGUUCGAAAAGCAGAGUCAAAAGGAGAUAAAUUGCCAGAUGAAGAGCCAUUUGAUAGUAAUUGUAUUACUCCAGGCACUGAAUUUAUGGCAAAACUCUCCCUUCAACUCGAAUAUUUUAUAAACAAAAAAGUUUCCGAGGACGCUAAUUGGAGAGGUGUAAAAAUAGUAUUAUCUGGACAUGAGGUUCCAGGAGAAGGCGAACACAAAAUUAUGGAGUAUAUUCGUCAUGCAAAAGCCCAGUCCGAUUACAAUCCUAAUGUUAGACAUUGCUUGUACGGGCUGGAUGCAGAUUUAAUCAUGCUGGGGCUUAUAAGUCACGAUCCUCACUUUGCAUUGCUUAGAGAGGAGGUCACUUUUGGUCCUAGCAGUAAGAAGAAGAAGAAUGGGUUGGUUUUAUAUUUUCGUGAACGCGUAAGUUGUUGGCAAUAUCAAUAA